CAAACUUUGUUUCCUUCAAGCAUCCUGCCUGUUUAAGCAAAGACAGAACAGCCAGCCAGCCCUGUCGAGAGAAGAUCGUUGGAAGCUUCUCCUCUGUUUCCCCCUGUCAACUUGGCGUUAUCCCCGCGCCGCUUUCCAUCUCACCCACCAUUCAAGUCCGGACACCACUAGCACCAGGCCCCCUGCCCCAACGCUGACCGCAACACCACCACAGACUUGCUUGCGCCGUUCGUUCCAUACGCGAGGCUCUUCAUGCAGAGAUCCCAUAGUGUAACCACUCGUUCCUUGGCGUACAUUCCAGCCCGAGCAUCUUGGGAAUUCUUCUCAGGAACCGCUGCAGGCGGCAGGCCGUACAGUGCUAAAGGGGGUCAACAUCACAUGGUGAUGGGCAAUGUGUAUUGUCGGGUGGCGGGAUGAAAAGAGUUGAUAUUGGAACCAAAUUGUCCAUUCCCGGCGAGGAAGGGGGCGCCCAAGAUGAGAUGACAGGCACAGACAGGACAAGACAAGCCCACCGCCGCACCGAAGCUUUUCUGUUAGCCCGUGACACAGCAUUCCCACUGUUGGGCAGCACAGCUUACCCCAGAAAACCGCCAUUGGGCCGUGGGGAAAUGAGGGGCAGCUCGUUGGUGUAGCGCCCGCUGUCGAACGACAAGCAAGCCCGUCAAAAAAAGCCACUCACCUGCAGCCGUCGUUGUGGAUACGAACUCGGAGAAAGAGUCGCGAAUAGCAACACCAAUCCUUCCCACAACGGCAAACUCGGUGAAAGUUGGCAAGAAAAAAACCAACCUACAUGAUGCCAAGAUAUAUACACCUAGCUCCCCGCCCAAUAUUGGUACUGUACACGAAUCCGGAAGGACCCUGACGCCGCAACGUCGUCUCCCCAGGCCCCCCCCGCGAUGUGACAUUGGCACCGCUGGGCUGAAUUGAUCGCUCGGACUGGUCAGCCGGACCACAGAUUGCGGAUCGCAGGGUUUCUCUGUAAUGUACUGAAUGUGGAGCACUUGGACAAUUUGAGCAGGCAUCAUGCAAAAAGGCUGCCUCGUUGGCAGCUCAGCUCCAGGAGCUAUCACGGCUUUGGGCCCUGGUGAUGCAUGCUGCCAAGGAGUGCCGCCUCUGGACCUUUUGUAACACUCGCCGGGGACGGGAGCCUGGUGAUUUUGGGCCCCAUGCGUACAGCGAAGAGGGAUCCGACCUUUCGGGGUGUCUGGUGAAGGGUAUAAGAAUGAGCCGGAUCACCACCAACUUGUCGGGAAGGAUUCACCAGACAGGUCUGUGAAAGUCGUCGACAACAUGUUGAACCUCAGGACCAUCUCGGCGGGCCUCGUUGCUGGAGCCGCCUUCGCCUCGGCUCAGUGCACCAUCCCUACUACGCCCCUCUCCGACGACAUCCCCUCUCACUUCCGGAUCCAGGUCCAAAAUGCUAGCCGGCCUGAAGUGCACAACAAGUACAUGAACCUGUUCGAAGCUGGUGGUGGUGACCAGCACUUGUUCAUCGGGCCAGUUGGCGAGCCCACAUAUGACUUCACGCUGGUGGAUGGUGUCGUGUUCAACGUUCGGAAGAACAUUCGUCUCGUCAUUGGCGGAGAGUGGUCCGAAAUCGAUCACACCACAAAGCUGUUCUCGACUGCCCGUCCGGAUCCUGACGCCAUCUUCCAACCCACAUAUGCUUGCAACCCGGACACUGGCCUCCUUCAGGUCGAGCUGAGGUUCGUUCAGUGGGAGGGUGAGCCUCUUGGUGGUCACAUCUGUGUCCGCCACUCCUUCGACGGCUCUCACGAGUUCCGUUAUGACCCGCCCGGCAACACUCUCAUCGACGUCAACAGAGAGUGCAUCAAGGUAACCUUGGUCGUCCUCCCCACCCUCGACGGCGGCCCAAGCACAACCUUUUCCACCGUGACAGUCAGCUCGACCUCGUCCUCCUCUUCCGUCGUGCCUCCUUCCUCGUCCUCGAUCUCGACCUUGACCAGCACCAGCACCUCCACCGCCCCCACCUCCACCUCCACCUCCGGAGUUCUCCCCUACACCGACAUGACCUCCCUCGGUUGGCGCUACAUCGGCUGCGCCCCGGAGGAGCGCUGGACUACUGACGGCCCAUUCCGCACACUGUCCGGUGCGCUGUUGGGGUCCGACACCAUGACCAACGAGGCUUGCAUGGCCUUCUGCGGCGCCAAUGGUUGGGCGUAUGCUGGUACCGAGUGGAGGCGCGAGUGCUGGUGCGGAAACAGCUAUGCGCCGACCAGGCAGCCUCUGACGACGCUUGUCAGUUUGGCUAAGUGUGAUUACAGGUGCAGUGGUGACAGCGGCCAGUUCUGCGGUGGUGAUGCUUGGUUGAGCCUGUAUGCCAAGUGCCCUACUGGUGGGCCUUGCGAGAAUGCUGUUUUCACAUAAGUCUGUCUGGCAGAGAUCAUGAGGGAUGUAAUAAAGGGAUCUAGUGAUGGAUGUAAUACAGUGUGUUAAUUGUACCAAAUAACAUCACAGUCCCGUGAAGGGCUUUCGUUGAUACAUGUCGACUGAUCGUGAUCGGUAUUCUAUGUCAAUUCUGGCGACGAUGUUCGAU